GGCGGCAGGAUGUUAGGGCAACAGCAGCAGCUGUACUCGUCGGCCGCGCUCCUGACCGGAGAGCGGAGCCGGCUGCUCACCUGCUACGUGCAGGACUACCUGGAGUGUGUGGAGUCGUUGCCCCACGACAUGCAGAGGAACGUGUCGGUGCUGCGGGAGCUGGACAACAAAUACCAAGAAACCUUAAAGGAAAUUGAUGAUGUCUAUGAAAAAUAUAAGAAAGAAGAUGAUUCCAACCAGAAAAAACGCCUACAGCAGCAUCUCCAGAGAGCAUUAAUCAAUAGCCAAGAAUUGGGAGAUGAAAAAAUUCAGAUUGUCACACAGAUGCUCGAAUUGGUGGAAAACCGAGCGAGACAAAUGGAGCUGCAUUCCCAGUGUUUCCAAGAUCCUGCUGAAAGUGAGCGGGCCUCAGACAAGUCGAAGAUGGAUUCCAGUCAACCUGAAAGAUCUAGAAGACCUCGAAGACAGCGGACCAGUGAGAGCCGUGACUUAUGUCACAUGACGAACGGGAUUGAUGACUGCGAUGAUCAGCCGCCAAAAGAAAAGAAAUCCAAGUCGGCUAAGAAGAAGAAGCGCUCCAAGGGCAAGCAGGAGAGGGAGGCGUCGCCUGUUGAAUUUGCCAUAGAUCCCAACGAGCCCACGUACUGCUUAUGUAACCAAGUGUCCUACGGGGAGAUGAUAGGCUGCGACAAUGAACAGUGUCCCAUUGAGUGGUUUCACUUUUCAUGCGUUUCCCUCACCUAUAAACCAAAGGGGAAAUGGUAUUGCCCAAAGUGCAGGGGAGACAAUGAGAAAACCAUGGACAAAAGUACCGAAAAGACGAAAAAGGAGAGACGGGCGAGGUAGUGAAGGCCACCGUGUUUUAAAGGGUUCUUUGUCUUUUAUAGAACUGGUUUACUUUCAGAAAAUGUUUUAGGGUAAAUGCAUAAGACUAUGCAAUAAUUUUUAAUCAUUAGUAUUGAUGGUGUAUUAAAAGUUGUUGUACUUUG